AUGACCCAGUCUAUUGUGGUGCAAGUGGGCCAAUGCGGCAACCAGAUUGGCGCGCAAUUCUGGCAACGGGCACUCGAAGAACAUGCCGCCAUCAAUAGCCAAGGGACCUUUGACGAGGCGAUGAACACGUUUUUUGAAAAUGUCGACACCUCGGUUCAUCCGCCCCGUCGUUUGCCCGUGGGUCAAGGCGAGCAGCCCAUUGCCACGCUGCGCGCCCGGGCGGUCCUGGUCGACAUGGAAGAAGGCGUCGUCAACGGCUUGCAACGGGGUCCGCUCGGCGAACUCUUUGAUCGUGCUCACUGCGUCACCAGCGUGAGCGGAAGCGGCAACAAUUGGGCCGUGGGCUACCAUCAAUACGGCGCCCAGUAUGGUGCAGACAUUGAACAGGCCGUGCGCCGGGCCGCCGAGGCCUGUGACUGCCUGCAAUCCUUCCUCCUCUUACAUAGCAUGGGUGGCGGUACCGGCUCGGGCCUCGGGACCUGGCUCGUUGAAAUGCUCCACGACGCCUUUCCCGACGUCUAUCGCUUCGUCGUCCCCGUCUACCCCAGCGAGGUGUCCUUGACUGUCUUGGCCUCGUGGCGCCGCGACGACGACGUCAUUACGUCGCCAUACAACUGCUCCUUUGCCACGCAUCAACUCAAGGAAUUUGCCGACUGCGUCCUGCCCGUGGAAAACCAGGCCUUGGCGGACAUUGUCGCCAACAUUGACACCAUGAGCAAAGGCAAGCUCAAGGCCAAGUCUGAGGUAGAUGGCAGUGGCAGCGUCGGGGAAAACAAGCGGCCGUGGCGCCGCAUGAAUUCGAUUGUUGCCAAGAUGCUCUUGGACAUGACGUCCGGCUCUCGCUUCCCCGGCUCAGUCAACGUCGACGUCAAUGAACUGACAAUGAACCUGGUGCCCUUUCCCAAGAUGCAUUUUGUGACCAGCAGCCUCUCGCCGCUCUAUGACCUGGCCGACGUCCACGUGCCGCCCCGCCGCCUGGAUCAAAUGUUUACCGAUGCCUUUGACCGUUCCUUCCAAUUACUGCGCAGCGACCCACGCCGGGGCCUCUUCAGCGCCUGCACCCUCAUGCUUCGCGGAGACGUGGAAAUGUCUGACGUGCGACGCAACGUCGAUCGCAUGAAGCAGCAGCUGCGCUUUGCGGACUGGAAUCCUGACGGCUGGAAGAUUGGCAUGUGCCGCCAAGCCUCUGUGCGCCAAAGCCGCAGCCUGCUCUGCCUGGCCAACAACACGUGUAUUCGUAACAGCUUUGUCGCUGUCCGGGAUCGCUUCCUCAAGCUCUAUCGCAAGCGCGCCUUCAAGCACCACUUUACUUCCGAGGGCAUGGAUCAAGGUCAUUUCGACGUGGCGCUAAACAGCCUAAACGAGCUAGCGGCGCAGUAUGCCAACCUUGAAGCUGAGACGCCCCUUGCCAGCGUGACCCGACCGCAGCUCCUCUGA